AUGGCGACGUCCUCGAGCUCGGUUACGCGGCGAACGGGAGGCCUCGUCGCGGUGGUGUACGUGUCCGAAGGGAAGAACGAGGGCGUCGUGGCUAAUCUCGAGCGAACCGCCGAGGAGACGUGCGAGAAACACGGCGCGAAGGUCGUGAACGUGUUCCGCGACGUCGAGUACAACCGCACGGGGUUCACGCUCGGGAUGGGUAUCGCGUCCGCGGCAUCCCUAGAGCCUGCGGCUUUGUCUGGGGCCGUCGAGCCGCUCCGGCAGAGCGCGUUGGCGCUGACGGAGAAGGCGCUCUCUCUGAUCGACCUCAGAACGCACACCGCGACGCAUCCUCGCUGUGGCGUCGUAGAUCACAUCAGCUGCCACGCCAUCGGGGAUGCCGACGAUGCAGCGGCGGCGUGUUUAGCUAAGACUCUAGGCGAGAGAAUCGGCGUGGAAUCGCGCGUCCCCGUGCUCUUGUACGGAAACGCGUCCGGGGUCGGGACGCAACUUGCGGCGUUGCGGCGACGAUACGGGUAUUUCAAAGAGACCGCCGCCAGGACCGGGGGAUGGGCGGGUGAACACGUCGUAGACGGCGGCGAGGUACUCUCAGACUACGGACCGUCGAUCGUGCCGCCGGAAGCGGGCGUCGUCAUGCUCGGGGCGACGCCGUGGAUAUAUAACUACAACGUCCCCGUCGCGGCAGAAUCGUUCGACGGAGACGGCGGCGGCGCAGAAGACGUUGCGCAGGUCAUGACCGCGGCUCGCCGGGUCGCGAAGAAAGUGAGCGAGCGAGGUGGUGGGCUCGUCAAGGUGCAAGCUAUGGCGCUGCCGCACGGGAAGGACGGGGAUGCGGUUAUCGUGGAGAUCGCGUGCAACUUACUCGACGUGUCCGUGACGACGCCCGCCGAGGUGCAAGACGCGGUCGAGCGAGCGUGCCGCGAAGAGGACGCGGUGACGUUCCGCGUCAAGGAGGGGUACGUGACGAACUUGACGCCAGAGGAGAUGUUAGCGCGAUUGUCCGCGCAGAGCUAG